ACUUUUUGUUGCUUUGUGCUUAAUGGAAUGGAAGGCCCUUGAGUAGAAUAGACUUCACUCUCUCUCUUCUGCUCUUUAGGUUUCACUCUUCUUCACUCUGCCAAUUCUUCAAACAACAAGGAAUAAUCUCUCUCUCUCUCUUCUUCUUCUUCUUCUUCAUUCUCUCUUCUGCCUUCUACACCAACCUUCCAUUUUCACAGUUUGCAUAUUUGGAAUCUGAUGUCUCCGCCACUGCUGCUUCCUGAAGAGGAAGGGCAGAGCAACCCCUCAACGGUAGCAUCUGCAUCUCCACAAUCCUUGGACCGUUUUUCUCAAACUGCAGCUGGGUUGAAGGAACGCAAUUACCUCGGAUUGUCUGAUUGCUCAUCGGUUGACAGUUCUACUGUCCCAAGCUUGUCUGAUGAGAAAAAAGAGAACCUAAAUUUGAAAGCGACGGAGUUAAGGCUCGGACUUCCUGGAUCUCAGUCGCCUGAAAGGGAUCUUGAUCUUUUUCCGUUGAACUCAACAAAACUUGACGAGAAACCACUUUUCCCUUUGCUUCCCACUAAAGAUGGAAUCUGCUCGUUGUCCCAAAAGACCGUUGUUUCAGGCAACAAAAGAGGUUUCGCCGACACACUGGAAGUGUUUCCUGAGGCAAAAUAUACUGCUAAUACUCGCGUAAACAUACUGCUUUCGCCGAGACCUUCUGGAGCUCAGCCUACUACAAUUAAAGAAAUGCCAAAGAAGGUGGUACAAGAGAGCCCUUGUACAGCGAAUGGAACUGGAGCUCCCAUCAGUGGCAGUGCACCGGCUGCUAAAGCACAAGUUGUUGGUUGGCCUCCUAUUAGAUCAUUUAGGAAAAACUCACUGGCCACCACUUCAAAGAACAAUGACGAAGUGGAUGGAAAGCCUGGUGCAGCUGCACUAUUUGUGAAGGUUAGCAUGGAUGGCGCUCCUUAUCUUAGGAAGGUAGAUCUAAGAAACUAUACAACAUACCAGGAACUGUCGUCUGACCUUGAGAAGAUGUUCAGCUGUUUUACCUUAGGUCAAUGUGGUUCGCAUGGAGGUCCAGGGAAAGAAAUGUUGAGUGAGAGUAAAUUGAAGGACUUCCUGCAUGGUUCUGAAUAUGUGGUCACUUAUGAAGAUAAAGAUGGUGACUGGAUGCUUGUAGGAGAUGUACCAUGGGACAUGUUCAUUGACACAUGCAAAAGACUGAAAAUCAUGAAGGGUUCUGAUGCAAUUGGCUUAGCUCCAAGGGCCAUGGAAAAAUCCAAGAGCAGGAGCUAGAUAGAUGCUAUGAUUGGGACUGCUGACUAUGCUUUUUGUCUAUUAAAGUAAAGUUUUAUCUGAGAAGGGUGGAAACAAAAACCAUGGUAGAAAGAACUAAAUCCAUGAGUUUUGAUGGUUAAAUAUGGUUCACAUGUUAUUAUGUUUUGAAGUCCCUAGUAGUGUCUUGUUCUUUAUGUUACAUUUGUUAUUACUAUUAAUUACUUUAGUACUUAUGAAGCUAGCUUCAGUAUUUGUAUUUUGGGAGUUAUGUAAUAUUUAUAGGAACCUUAUGUUUGGUUGAAUGUCUGUUGCAAUUAGUAUAUGUGAUUUGUUAUA